CUGGCUAGCUUCACAUAGGUCCCAGACAGCACUGUGUGCAGUAGCUUUGUUAACAUUUUCUGACCGCUGUGCCUUGACGUUCCUCAAGAUUUAAAAAUAUAUAUAUAUAUAAAAAAGCACUAUAAUUUCAAUAGUCACUGAGAUUCCUUGAUGUUCACCCAAACCCGUUAUCUUCGUUUAACCCGGACAACAUUAUUUCCGGUGUUACAUUUGAGCAACUUUAUCCAAAAGCAUCUGUCUCUCUACUUCUGUCGGAGACUGUCCUCAUCAUCACACCAGCUUGAGGGACCUUUGGCAGCAAGAAGAAAUUACUCUGGAAACCAUAACAUGCCCAAAAAGGACAAAACGAAUAAAACUGUAGGCCUACAGAAGCCGUCGGAGAAACCUUCACCUUCUGGGCCAGUAGCUCGAAACAAGAACGGAGUGGUGACAAUUUCAGUGCACGCGAAGCCUGGAUCUAAACAGAACGCAAUUACAGAUGUGUCUAUAGAGGCAGUAGGUGUCGCUAUUGCCGCACCGCCAACAGAUGGGGAGGCCAAUGCGGAGCUUGUGCGGUAUCUCUCCAAGGUGCUGGAGUUGAAGAGAAGUGAAGUCGUUUUGGACAAGGGCUCCAGAUCCAGAGAGAAGAUUAUUAAAGUGACUGGGUCACUAACUCCGGAGCAGGUGUUGGACAGGUUAAAGCAAGAGGCUUCUGGAUGACAUGGAGGACAUUGUAUUCCUGGUCCUAUGCACCUUUACAGUAUUGGUUGAUUUUAAGACAUCUAUGGAAAACAGUUCAGAUAAAAUAAGAUUGUAGCUAUGUCUUUGCAUCAGCUGAUACAUACACCAAUAAAUACACAAUAUGUGACAUGCCCUAUAUGGAAGCAUUCUAUAAUUAUUUGAAAUGUGUAGGGGUCUGAAAUGAUUCCCAAAAUGUUGAAAGAACCCUUGUUUACGGAGGCCAUCCUCUCUCUUUUCUCAGAAAUAAUGACCUUAUCUUUUGCACUAUGAUAGUUAAAAUAAAAAUAUGAAUCACAAUGA